GAGGUUGGCAGCACCUUUCGAAUGUUUUUGUUUUGCAUCGGAAAUUGAAGUAAUUUGCAUUCCAUAACUUCGCCAGAAAUAACUCCCUUUCAAGGCUAAUGCCAUUCCAAAUAGCCUUAGCAAGAUGACCAUCUUUAACCUGUACAUAUUCGACAAGUUCGGAACACUGCUCCACUACGCAGAAUGGAAUCGCACCAAGAAAUCGGGCAUCACACGCGAGGAAGAAGCCAAACUCACCUACGGAAUGCUCUUCUCCAUAAAGUCCUUCGUCAGUAAGAUAUCGCCACACGAUCCCAAGGAGGGCUUCCUUUACUACAAGACCAAUCGCUACGCCCUGCAUUAUCUGGAAACUCCCUCUGGAUUAAAGUUCGUUCUCAACACGGACACGACGGCCAUCAAUGUGAAGGAGCUGCUACAGCAGUUGUACGCCAAGGUGUGGGUAGAGUUCGUCGUGCGAGAUCCACUGUGGACACCCGGCACGGUGGUCACCUCGGAGCUGUUCCAGUCCAAGCUCGAUGAGUUCGUCAGGCAGUCACCCAUCUUCGGCAUUCGCAAUAUAUAAACAAAUAAAUAGCUUAAGCUCAAACUACUAUUAGGUAUGCUAGGUAUGCAAAUCCCGCCUUCGAAACUCUAAGGUCUAUGUCAUUAGCUCCGAAUGGCAAAUUGCGCUGGCAAGUGCUCCGAAAUGCAGCGCGCGAGAUCCGGGCUCCGGAAAUGGCAUGCACUUAAAAUGUCUGCGGGGCCAGCGAGAAAAACAGGCCCCAUGGUUGCGCAAGUCGUCCACUGUCUACUGUCCAAUGGCCACUGCUAACAAAGGGGGACAAAUGUCAAAGCGGUUGCCGCAACUCGAAGGUUUUAGUCAACUCCACAAGCUGAGAAAAUUACUGACUGACUGUCUGCUGCAGGCGAGCAGGGACUACACGGAUAAAAAUGAUAUGAUUAAUACUAAUUGCACUAGGAGUCCACUGUCAUCGAAUUGCACUUGAAAAGCAAAUCACAUUGCCUGAGAAAUAAUAUUAUUAACACAUAUGUAUAAAGCUGUUAAAACUUU